UUGAAGGGCAACAAUCAAAGAACACCAGUCAUAAUAUAUUAGUUAUUUUAUAUAUUGUAGUAAUAAUUUAUAGGAAAAUAUAAUGUGUAGAUAUAAAGCAUCAAAUGUUCUGGUUUAACAUAUUCUCAUACUGAGUUACUAAAGCAUGUGCAACCUGGUUAUAUCGCUGUCAUAAAAUUAAGAUGUGGAAACGUAAUAAUAAUGAUCCAAAAGGCUUCUAUAAAGUCCUAGGGGUUAAGCCUGAUGCUUCUGAUGAUGAAAUCAAGAAGAAAUAUAAGGCAUUGGCAAUAAAAUGGCACCCAGACAAAAAUCCGAACAAUCUCGCUGAGGCUACAGAAAUGUUCCAAAAAAUAUCUACAGCGUAUGAAACAUUAUCAGAUCCUCAGAAGAGGAGGGACUAUGACUCAUCUGUAUAUCAUCAUGUUAGUGAUGACGGUGAUUCGUUUAAUUCUAGUUCCUCAUUCUCGAUGAAUGGCGGUUUUCCAGAUGUGGAUUUGUUGUUUAACGAUAUUUUCAGUGAUUCAUUUCAGUUUCCCUCUGUAUUCGGCCACCGAACUUCGCUUUUCGAUGAUAUUGAUGGCUUCUCGCCCUUUGAUACGUCAAAUCAUAUGUUCAACCGUGUUUUUUCAAGUUCUGGUACCUCUGGUUUCACGCAAAAAUCUAGCUCCCGAAAGAAUUUGAAGAAAGGUUACACUUCGUCAUCAGUUAGUACAACUGAAAGAUUGCUUCCUGAUGGAAGGGUCGAAGUCAUUAGAGUGGAGGAAACUAUAGGCCCCGAUGGAACAAAAAAGACAACAACUACAAGAGAAACAAGGGAAGCAACAAGCAGCCUCAGAAAUGCCGAACGAGGUCCCCAAUAUCACGCAUUUGGUAAUAGGCACAAUAAUACAAUAUCAUCCUCGAGGGGAAUGUUUAGAAGGUGAUAUCCCACUACCUCAUAAUUUAAUCGUAUAUAUUUUCAUUAAACUGAAAAUCAUUAUGCAUAAUGCAUAUGUAACAUUCGAAUCACCCUUUUCUUGUGACUAACUGACACA